CGAUUUCAAUUUUUUAUUAUUUUGUUUACUUAUUAGGGUUAUAAAGUACGGGAAAAAAAAGAAAUGAUCGAAGUUUGAAGACUUUAAAGUGAAGAUUAUGGAAAGUGAAAUGUCAGAUUGUUUGCAUGAAGAAUUAUUAAAGAGACUAGAUGCCUAUGGAGAGAGUUUGAUGGACAAUGAAGAUUAUGAAAACAGAGUCAAGCAUGCAAAGAAGAUCAAAAAAAGAAAGAAAAUUUUAGCUGAGGAGGAUGAUAUCAGCGAGAAAAUUUACUCAAAGAAGAGGAAAAAGCGAAAGAAAAAUAAGGCAGGUAAUGGAAGCUCACCCGUUGAAACAAUUGUAGAAGAGGAGCAAACUAAAAUGAGUGGAAAAGAAAAAAAGAAACAGCAGAUGAAAGAUGAGCUUGGACUGAAUGAUAUGGAUAAAAGUGUGAUGACAUUGGAUAUGAGUGUUAUGAAUUCAGACAUGAGUGAGGACACCAAAAAGCCAACCAAUACAAAGGUUGUAGUGUAUGAAAGACCAAAAUCAAAAAGGAAAGAAGACGAAACAAAGAAUUUCAUUGAAAAAUCCCAAGAGGUAUCAACUCAUGUUAUUGAUUUAAAGUCAGCAAGAUUGGAUGUGCAGAAAUUUGGAAUCAAAGGAUUCAGCGAGGAGAAAAAAGAAGCAGCCAUGGAGUCCUUGCUUGUUAAACUCGGAGCAAAACCCAAGAAAAACAAGGCUCAUAACUACAAGGAAUAUCAGGAAAUGGUGAAAAAGCAAAAAGUGGAGGAGAGAGAAAAAAGGGAACUAGAUAGGAAGCUGGGUUACAAGGUCCAAAAAAAGGUUGUCGCCAGGAAGAAAGAUCGGAAUGAUGUUGGACGUGUGGACGGACAGGUUGGGAAGUAUAAACAUGGUGUUCAGUUUGUGACUAAACAGGACUUACAGCCAGGAGGAAGAUCAGUGAAAAAGAAAAGAAAGAAAAAGUUUUAGGAUAUUUGGAAAUUGCAAAUGAUUUAUAGGA